UGUUGUUCAAAUAAAUUGUACUUCACGCCAGUGAUUCGGAGCCAAUGUAAUCAAAUGAACUGCGCUAUGAUUGGAUAUUUUAUCAAUGAAACUGAACGCAAUUGGACAAAAGAUUGUUUUCUUCACUUUUGUUUAAAUAGAAUUAAGGCAUAAACGUUUAUCUAAACUUGGCCGGCGGUCGCCAUGUUUGUUGAAAACGUAAACGGAAAAGAAAGCGGCUUUUUUAUGUAAGUUUAAUGUAAGAAAAGUGCGUACGUUUAACACGAUUCUGACUUCCUGAAGGUGAUAUGAAAAAGUUAUCCUUUUUAUAAUACUCAUUUCUUCAUAUGAAAAGACUUACCAUGGCGUUGCCAUUAGAAAUAUCAAGAACUUUCAAUCUUUAUGUUACCCAUGUGCAUGGAGAUGGUAAUUUUCUGAGGAUAAGCGGACAGCUCGAUAAACAAGCCUCUUUAAUGCUGGAGUCCCUCUUCGAGAACGCUCGUGAAAACUUGGAGAAAGGUGUCGGCGCUGUCCCCCCAGGAGCUAUUCAAGAAGGUAUAAUUUGUGCCGCCAAAUACAGAGAUGGUAUCUACUACCGUGCUAAAGUAACAAACACGACAAACCUCGCUACUGGUCUGGUAGGCGUUCAUUUCAUCGAUUAUGGCAACAAAGACACCAUUUCGUUAAGUACCAUCAGAUUUCUGGACAAUUAUGACCCUAUGUUUCUCAAACUCCGUGGCCAAGCAUCAGAUUACUACCUUUCGCGACUUAUGCAGCCCUCUGGUAAAUGGGAAGAACCACUUAUAUUGAAACUACAAAGUCUAAUUUGUUAUGCAGAGUAUCCAGCUACUAUUGAUGUGAAUACUCAUACAUUGCCUAUAAUUUCUAUUCAAUAUAAGGGUACAGAUUUAUCUUCUCAUCUAGUCAAUAACAGAUUGGGUGUCCCUCUGUCAGUUACCAAACAAGAAAUGUUACUCCUUCAAAUUUCUGGAGACACACAGCAAGUCAACUGGCAGCCAAAUUUUGUGAAUGAGUCUGUUUCUUACCCUGAACAUGUGCCUUUUAUUAUAAAUCAAAACUUUCCCUCCAAUCCUGCAUCUGCCAUGAGGUUACAGCAGCAGAAUGUUUCAUUGCCAUUUACCAGUGCCCUACCUUCACCUUCUAUGAUCAGUCAACGAUUAGUUGUGAACAGAGUGGCAAGGAACUCUGUGAAUUUGAAGCCAUCUCGUCAGCCACAACUUGCUGUGUCAUCCCCCAUGGCAGUUCCAGCUUCACCCCCUCAAAUGACACCACCUAUAAAUUUGAACAAACCACCAUCCCCUAAGAAAUCAGCAACCUAUAAAAGUAGACUAUUGGAGCAAAAUUCUCAGCACAAAGUGUGUGUAUCAUUUGCUGAUGAAGGACCAGAGUUAUUUGCUGUGCAGCUGGUGGCUGACGGGAAAAAAUUUCAGGAAAUGAUGGAUGAUAUAAAUAGGCGACCCCACAGCAGUCUCACAGAGCCUCCGAUGAUCGGCACUGUGUGCCUUGGUCGCAUGUCGGGAGACCGCAUUAUCUGCCGAGCAAUAGUCAUGAAUUUAUCUGGCUCUCAGUGCAAACUUUUCUUUGUUGAUUUUGGUGAUACUGAAAUGGUAUCAUACUAUGACAUUUUUGACAUACCAGAGGAGUUUGUGAAACCCAAUGUGUUUGCGAUGAGGUUUUGUUUGUCUGGAGUGAAGAAACUGGAGAAAGGGCCACACUUGAUUGAGACAUUCAAGCAGUUAGUUAAUAACAAGGUUCUCACGUUGAGAGUGGUGGCGCCCGAGGGACCUCCAUUGAUUCAGUAUGGAGAAUUGUAUUUGGAUAAUAAGAAUCUGUUGGAUAUAUUGAUGGCAAAUGUGAAGGAUAAGCUGCAAUUCAAGUUCAUGGAAACGCUUCAGCUGGGAUCACGGCAAUCUGUACUGGUUUCCUAUGUGGACAGCUGCAUUAAGUUCUUCAUACAGUUGUCUGACAAGAUUGAUGAGUUAAACACUGUAAUGGAUGCUGUUAAGAGCCACUGUGAGAACAGUUCAUCUCCAGGGGAGUUGCCAUUAGGUGCAGCAUGCUGUGCUCGGUUCCCGGAUGAUGACAACUGGUACCGAGCCAUGGUGAGGGGAACUAAAGGGAGCAAAGUGGUGGUUGCCUAUGUGGACUAUGGAAAUGAACAGGAAGUAGAUGUGGCCGACUUGAGGACAAUCACCCCAGACCUCAUAAGGCUGCCAGCUCAAGCCAUGAAGUGUGCAUUGAAGGGCUUCGAAAACAAACCAAUAGAAACGAAGACAUCUAACCUCCUAGAGAUGCUAGCUUUAGAAAAGACCCUGAUGGCACACGUUGUGGGCAUGUUGUCCAGUGAUACCAUGCUGGUGUCCCUAAUUGAUGAUACUGUCAACCCUCCAUUGGAUGUGGCUCGGAGGAUGACCCAACUAUCACAGCCGAGGAGUAAUAUUGAGCCUAAAGCCACGACUCCGGUGCGCAAAGAAGCGCCAGAAACCUUCAGUUCCCCGGAAGGCAGCGUUCCCGACGACAGCCGAAAGAAGAGUUUCCGAAGAGAGAAGAGUUUCAAAGACGAACGCAGCGCAGGCAGCGAGGAAUUUGGGAAGAGAGCUGGAAGCUUCCGCAGCAGGGACAAGGAUAGUUUUGACAGAUCCGGCCCAGGGCGGCACAGUGAGAAGUUUGGAGGGAAACCUGACCGGGGCGAUAGACGUGGCGGGCCCAAGCCCUGGGAUAGUUCUCCUCCUGCGCCCGCGCCAUCCGCGGUAGGCGACGCCGAAUGGGAUGAAUCCCCCGCCCCUCCGCCCUCGCAACCCGCCCCCUCUCGCCCCUUCAGAGAUAAUCGAGAUCGAAGAAAACCUAAGCCGGACCAAGAGAAGGCCGGUCAAAGGCCAGGUUGGAAGAGCAAAGAGCCUGGGGCCGGCAAAAGGCUGAGGCAGGCGGCCGAGGCUGCCUCGUCGGACGCUCAGAGUGCUCCUAAAGGCUCGGUUCAGGAUCGCCUGAAACGCGAUAAUAAAUUCAAUCAUGAAGAGAACAGAAACGAUGAAUGGGGCAACAAAAAUCGGGAAAAUCGUCCGGAGCGACGGGACGUGCGCGGCGAUCGGAGGGACAACUGGGGUGAUAAGAAGGAGAACUUUCAGAAACGGGAGUAUGUACCACGAGAGAGUAGAGCGCCAAGAGAGGAUAGAGGUCCUAGGGAAGACAGGGGUCCCAGAGAAGACAGACCUCACAGGAGUAAUUUCACUCCGAGAGAUCGCGCCGAAAGAGCCGACAAAUCGUUCGGAUCGGACAACGACCGACGAUCGAACAAAAGCUUCGGCUCCCAAGACAGCGGAGGACGCGCCGGCCGCGCCCCGCCUUACAAAAGCCGCAGCAAAUUCACACAAGUGCAAUAUAAAGAGCUGCAAAGCCCAGUGCCUUUGGAAACUCCAUUCGCAGAGCAGACGGUCGAAAUUGGCGCCCAACACGAGGUUUCCGUCACGUGGAUAAUAUCACCGGAGAGUUUCUACACGCAAAUCUUGUCACUGCAACCGAAAUUCCUGGAAAUGAUGCAUAAAAUACCUGAACUGUAUAAAGGCGUGAAGUCGUACACGGGAAUGGUGCCGGUUGGAGCGUCAGUACUGGCCAGGUACCCGGCCGAUGGGGUUCUAUACAGGGCUACAGUUGUGUCAGCUCAGCCGUUCUCAAAGUUUAUAGUGAGAUAUGUUGACUUUGGGAAUAAGCAGUUGGUUGAUGCUAAAGAUAUAUGGCAAUUGGAUCAGGAGUUGAUGGAUUUGCCCAAGAUGGCCGUGCAUUGUUCAUUGUUGGGAGUGACGCCGAAGGAUGGCGAAUGGAAGGCGGACCCUGAGAUAGAUCUUUGCUUCAAUGCGCCGAGGUACCAGUGUGUAUUCCAAGAGAGUAUUGAUGAUCAGCAGUAUAAGGUGUCGUUGUGGAAUAACGGUGUGAGCGUCGCGGAUAUGUUGGUCGAGAAGCAACUGGCUGUUUUGAGCGAGCAUCAGUCGUCUGUUACUCUGAAAGACGAAGCCAUCGACUUGACCAUAAUAGUGGGCCAGCAGAUACUCUGCCGUGUGACGCACGUGGAAUCCUUCGAGAAAUUUUAUAUCCAGUUGGACUUGGAGAAAGCGAAGAUGGUGGAAGAGGCUAUCGCUAAUUUCGAUGAAGCCAAGCUAACUCCACUAAUAGACCACACCAUCGUCGAAGGCGUCCACUGCACGGUGCGGCACGAUGGCAAAAUUUACCGCGCGAUCCUGAGUGACGUCACAGACACUAAUGCCAUCACCGCGGUACUGCCGGACUACGGGCAUACCAUCACCACCUCUGUGGAUAAUCUAAUGAUCCUGCCGAGUGAAUUAAGCGUGUACUACUACCAAUCAUUGACAUGUCAACUCAAUAACUACACGGAGGGGUCCCAAACUCUAAUCAGCCUCGACGAGUUGAAGGAGAAACUCACGGGAAACAAGUUCAUUAUUUACGUGAAUGAUGUGCAAGACAUCAGCUUGAUAGCAACACUGUACGAUAGCAUAACCGGUCAAAAGAUAGCCAUAUUCGAGCCAGACGAGGGCGCGUACGACGAAGUGGUCCAACUUUGUACGCGAGCAGUCUUCAACUACAACUUCGGCAUGGCGUACAUCUCGCAUUCCGAGAACUUGAACGAGAUAUAUCUGCAGAAGUCUACGGAUAGUGAGAAGCUGGAAGUACUAGUGAAUGAAUUGUAUAAAUUCUAUGAAGAAGGAACUCCUGAAGAUCUCACCACAUUCGAAGUAGAUGGCCUUUGCGUUGCCAAAUCUUCCGACGGCAACUGGUAUAGAUCCACCAUCAUCAGUGUUGAAGACGAUCAAGUCAAAGUACAGUUCCCAGACUAUGGAAACAUGGAGACAGUCCCUAAGGAUAAUGUAAAGAAACUUGACCUGAAAUUCUACGAACCUUGCGCUCUCGCGUUAGUCGUUAGUUUAGGAUUAGUGGCUCUACAAGACGAUGCGUUGGUCAAAUUGACAGAAUGGACGAAUGAGAAGGAGGUGCAAGUCACUCUUGCCCUCGGAACUGACGGCUGGCUGGCCAGUUUACAUCUAGAUGGCGUAGACCUCGCAAUGAAGUUGGUUAACGAGAAAUUGGCAACUCCCCAAGUGGAUUCUACCGAAGAGAAGAAAGAGGAGGCGGUAGUCGAAGAACCUAUUUCUCUUCCGGUUGGUUGCACGCAAGUAUACAUCAGCCACAUUGACACCCCUGGACACUUCUGGCUGCAAAUGCUAGAUAAGAUUGAUAAAAUCGAAGGGAUACAAGCAGAGCUUCAAGCUAAUGCAGAAUCGUACGGAGAAAUCGAAGAUAGAGAUAUGGGAACGUUGUGUGUUGCAAAAUACUUAGCAGACGAUCAGUGGUACCGCGCGGAGAUUCUAGAUUCCGAUUCUGACAUCACGACGGUCCGGUUUAUUGAUUAUGGUAACACUGAUGUCUUGGACAACCAACCAGGGCUAAUAAAGAUAAUACCGGAUAGCAUGAAAGAUAUUGAGCGGUUUGCGGUGAAAUCUAGCGUGAACGCUGUUCCCACUGGUACUGGACAAUGGUCUGAACCGGCUUCGGACUACUUCACACAACUAGUUGGUGACUUGUCUAACCCUGUAGAUGCUCUAAUAGUUCUCAAAGAUGUCACUACCUAUGUAGAUAUUUUUGUCAAUGGCCAAAAUCUCACUGACAAAUUGGUCUCUGAAGGUUAUGCUACUAAGGCUGAAGAAACGACUGAAUGUGGCGAUUAUCCGUCCUGCUUCGCUAGUCACGUGAACUCUCCUUCAGAAUUUUGGAUUCAACUAGAAUCGGCCGUACCAGAGCUACAAGCAAUGGAAGCUGCUAUGGUUGAUGCUGAUAACUUCCCUGAGCUCUCUGAAAAAGAGGAAGGAGUCAUUUGCGCGGCAAAAUAUCCUGAAGAUGGCGCUUGGUAUAGAGCACAAAUAAUUGUCGAUGGUUCUGAAGGUACUGAGGUGCUUUUCAUGGAUUACGGAAAUGCUUCGAUUGCCAACGAAUUGCGAAGUCUCCCAGACGAGUUAAAAAUUAAACCAGCACUUUCCAGGAAGUGUGCCUUACAAAAACCCCGAGACAUUAAAUGGUCGCGAAAAUCGGAAGUUAGAUUCAAUGAGUUGGCUGCGGAUGGAGAAACUAUUUUCAAUGUGCAGUUUAUCGCGUCAGGGGAUAUUUCAAUAGUAGAACUUUACUUGGAGAGUAAAUCUGUGACAGAGGAAUUAGUAGGACUUUGUGAAGAGCAUCCGGCAAAUGAAAGGCCAACUCCGGUUGGGCAAGAUUUGCAUGGCAGUGGCAAAAUUUGCUACUUGAAUUCGUUAGAUGAAUUCUAUGUCCAACUUGAUGAAACUGUGAGUAAUUUGGAUAAAGUACUAGAUGGUUUGAUAAAUGCCGCAGAGUUUUUACCAGCUACAGACUUGAAAGUGGGAUCAAUUUGUGCAGCAUUUUGGACAGAAGAUGAACAGUGGUAUAGGGCCAGAGUUUUAGAGUUUUGCGAUGUCGGCAGUCACGUACAGUUCAUAGACUAUGGUAACAAGGCGAAGUGCGAGGAUUUCAAGCAACUUCCGGAAGAUCUAACCCUAAUAGAGCCUCUUGCAAAAUGUUGUAGACUGGCUGGAAUAAGAGAUGAUAGUUCAAUAAAUGAGAUUAUCAAAUGCAAGCUUGACGAUCUCGCUGCAGAUGAAUCCACAACAUUCCAAAUAGAAUUUUUAGAUAGCACCAAAGAGCCGAAUUUAGUGAAACUACUGCUGGAGGGUAAAGAUGUUAGUGUAAGUCUCGCAACUACGUUGAAACAAACGAAUGAGGUAGAAGAAACUAAAGAUAUUGUUGCGACAGAAGAAACUAAAGAGCUUGUUGUGACGAAAGAAACCAUAAAAGAAAUUGAAGACUUAGAUACGAACAAAGAAAUAGUGGAAACGAAUAAAGAUGCAUCUGAAAUAAAUAAAGAAUCAAUAGAAACUAAUAAAGUUGAAUUACAUACAACAAAUAAAGCAUCAGAAAUUGUUAAAGAUGUAUCAGAUGUUAUAGAAAAGCCUACAACGGCAGCGGACGCUCAGUCCACAAUUAGUAUUAGUGCUGAAACAUCCAAUGGGGAAAUCAUAGAAAACAUUGACGUAGAAUCUGAAAUAAAUACAUCACAAGCAGAUCUAGACGAUAGUUUGGAUAGCACGCACACAGUUGUAGAAAAUAAAUCAUGCGUGAGCGACGAUUUCGUUCUGGCAUCGGAAGAACCAGAAGGGACAGACGCAGCAUAUGAAACAAAUGUCUCAUCAUCAACCCUUGAAAAAUCAGACGACACAGUUAAAACGCCUGAAAGAGAUGAAUCGAAAGAGUCUAUAACUGAUACAGGAUACACCAGUGAUCAAGACAAGGUAUCCUUAUUUGAAACAGAACAGGUUUCGCCAGAGAAGUCGCCCAGUAAAGAUACUCCAACCAAGACAAAGAUUGAAACGAAAGAGAUUGGACCAGGCGACGAAAGUGUUGCAAAUAAAAUAGAACCAGUGAAUGAUGUAAAUAAGACAGGUUAAAUUACUACAUCACUAAUACUGUAUUAUAAAUCUCAUUAUACUCUUAUUGCCAAGCAAUAUUUCCUUGUGAUUAAUGUUGAAAUAAAACUAUUGCUUAUUUUUAAUACUAAAGACAUUGUUUUUAAAGUGAUUAUUGUAAAAUCAUUACAUACUGUUGGAGAAACCAAACGACUGAAGUGAAUUUCCCGUGUAUUAUAGCGGCAAUGGUUUCUCUGUUUAUAAAAGUUAUAUUUGUUAUAAGUUUUUUAGUACUUGAUUUAUUGAAGAGUGUCCUGUGUUAUUUAUGUGUUUAUUUUAUGUUGUGUUUAGAAUGUUGUCCCUGAUUGAGUGCGAAAUUGUAACGACGUUAAUCUCUUGAAGUUUUUUUGUUGCACAAGAAAGUCUUUUUCGACAAUAAACCUAUUCUGU